AUGAAAGCCUUCAUAAAAUGUAUAUUAGGUGUUCUCAGACUGGUAAAGGCAUAUUAUGGAUGCGUUGAAGCCCAAGGACGCAGUACACUUCACUGUCACAUGUUAGUUUGGCUAGAGGGAUCGUUGAAUCCCAAUGAAAUCAAGGACCGCAUUGACAGGCAGGGCGACAAAGAGUUCAGAGAUCGUCUGCUUUCAUUCUUAGAUGAUGCAAUCAGCAAUUAUAUACCAGACAUACCAGAAAAUUCGGUUCCCAUUCUUUCCGAUGGUUAUCAUGCAUCUGCCAUAAGGGGAGGCAUUGAUUUACUGAAUGAUCGUGGGGAAAGAGACCCUGCACUCUGCCAAAGAGAUCUGCAUAAUCUCGUAAAAGAUUGUCAGAUUCACUCACACAGUAAAACAUGUUUUAAGUAUUGUGGCGAUGGCGAAACCCAAGGUGAACUUUGUUUGAGAUGCCUGAAUGGAAUGGUGAACAACUUCAAUGAAACAAUCUUACGUGCGAUGAGGUGUAACAUGGAUAUCAAAUUCAUCGGAUCCGGUGCGUCUGCAAAGGCUGUCCUAUAUUAUAUCACUGAUUAUAUCACCAAAUCGCAACUUAAGACUCACAUCGCUUAUGCUGCUCUAGAGCUCUCUGUUAAAAAGUUGGGAGAAUACAAUCCCAACGAGGAUGAAAUCACUGUGAGAGCAAAGCAUUUGUUGCAGUAUUGUGCUUAUACUAUGUUAUCACAUCAAGAACUCUCUGGGCAGCAGGUCACGUCUUACCUAAUGGAUUUUGAGGAUCAUUUUACUAGUCACGAGUAUCAAGGUUUGUACUGGGGUUCUUUCGAGCAGUACAUUGAGAAACAAGAUCCGUCUCCAGAAUGCUCUCACUAUGCAAGUGGAUGCAUGCCCACAGAGUCCGGACGAACCCUCUAUAACCUUAGCGGAGGCAAUGGACAUAUUUGA